CGAAAUACCGUCGGCAAUAUCCCUAUGAACUGGUACGAUGACUAUCCACAUAUCGGUUACAACCUUGGAGGAAAGAAAAUCCCGAAGCCACUGAAAACCGAUGAACUGGACAAUUUCUUAAAGAAAAUGGAUGACCCAAAUUUUUGGAGAACUGUUACAGACAAAACUACCGGAAAAGAGAUAGUUUUAACCGAUGAAGAGUUAGCAUUAAUUCAACGUAUACAGGAUGGAAACUUUCCUGAUGCGUCUUACGAUCCUUAUCAACCAUAUGAAGACUUUUUCACUCGUGAACAAUUGAUUACUCCAUUAUCAAAUAAACCUGAACCAAAAUCAAAAUUUAUUCCAUCUAAAUGGGAACAUAAAAGGGUUAUGAAAAUUGUAAGAGCUAUUAGAAAUGGAUGGAUCAGACCAAGAGUUGAAAAGGACGCUAAACCACAAUAUUACCUAUUAUGGGACAAAGAAGGCCAGCAGAAAGAUCAUCCAAUGCAUAUUCCUGCUCCGAAAUUAAAAAUGCCAGGUAGUCAUGAAGAAUCCUAUAAUCCUCCACCGGAAUACCUUCCGAAUGAAAAAGAAAUUCAAGCUUGGAUUGAAAAGGAUCCUGAAGAUAGAGCUCUAAACUUUUUGCCUAAAAAAUACCAGAAUCUUAGAACAGUUCCCGCAUACAAUAAAUUUAUUCAAGAACGAUUUGAAAGAUGCCUUGAUUUGUAUUUAUGCCCAAGACAGAAAAAAGACAGGAUACAAAUUGACCCAGAUGAACUCUUACCAAAAUUACCUAAACCAGCUGAUCUCCAGCCAUUUCCGUCAUCUGAACGAAUUGUUUAUAAGGGCCAUACAUCAAUUGUUAGGAGUAUCAGUCUUAGUCCUAGUGGUAGAUGGAUGGUUUCAGGUCACGAUGACAAGACUGUUCGAUUCUGGGAUGUUGAUAUUGGUAGAUGCAUCAAAACCAUUACAUUUGAAGAUUCAAUUAUGGUAGUAUCCUGGUGCCCAAACCCGAUGGUCAAUUUGGUAUUGAUAGCUUGCGGUCAGCAAGUUAGGAUUAUUAAUCCUGCUCUCACUGAAGAUGAUAAGGCUAAAACUAAUGUAACAGAUGAAGUCAUAAAAUCAAUCCCAAUAAGUAGUUCACAGGACAAUUCGGCAAAGUGGAUUAUGUCGGAUGAAAACAGCUACAACACGGGAGAGCGGAUUGUCAUUAAGUGUUCGAAUAAUGUAGAUUGUAUUACAUGGCAUAAUAAGGGCGACUAUUUCGCUACUGUUCAUCGAAAAGGAGGAAAUAAGUCAGUACUAGUUCAUCAGCUAUCAAAGGCCCGCACCCAAGUUCCAUUUAAACGUUGCCGUGGCCUUGUGCAAUGUGUUCAAUUUCAUCCUAAUAAACCAUUUAUGCUUGUAGCGACUCAAACAUAUAUACGCAUCUAUAAUCUGGUAAAGCAACAACUCGCUAAGAAGCUAUCUAGUGGAGUAAAGUGGAUAUCGAGCUUAGCUGUCCAUCCACAAGGAGAUAAUAUCAUCAUUGGAAGUUACGAUGCACGUUUAUGUUGGUUUGAUGUUGACUUGUCUACCAAGCCAUAUAAAACCUUAAGGCAACAUAAAAUGGCUAUUAGAAGUGUGGUUUUCCAUAAAUGUUAUCCCUUAUUUGCAUCUGCAAGUGACGAUGGCACAGUAAUAAUUUGUCAUGGCAGAGUUUUUAAUGACCUAAUGCAAAAUCCUCUAAUAGUUCCUGUUAAAAUUUUACGAAGUCAUACCAUUUCCAAUGAUCUCGGAGUUUUAGAUUGCACUUUUCAUCCAUCGGAACCUUGGCUAUUGAGUGCCGGAGCUGACGGCACAAUCAGAUUAUAUUCAUAA